AAGAUAAUAAUACCUUGUUACAUAUAUCUGACUCAAGUGAACUGGGAGUAUUGCCCCCACUUGGAGGUGGAUAGAAGCGGUAGGAAAAUGAUUCAGAGUUACGUCGAACUAACGGAACUGCCAGUACGUCCGGAUGACGUGGUAGCAAAGGUGCUAAGCCCCAAAUGUGGUGCGAUUGCAACAUUUUUCGGUACCACACGUUCAACUGAUGGAGAAAAUCCAGUUACAUAUUUGGAGUACGAGGCGUACAAUUCAAUGGCCCUCACUGUGAUGAAAACCAUAGCCAAAGAAUGUCGAAUUCAGUGGCCGAAACUGGAAUACGUCGCCAUAAUUCACCGACUGGGUGAGGUGCCAGUUGGGGAGAUCAGCGUUGGAAUUGCCCUGAGUUCACCUCACCGUGCAGAUGCAUUGCAAGCUGUCCAGUUCAUCAUUGACGCUAUAAAGUCACGAGUUCCCAUUUGGAAAAAGGAGUUUUAUGCCGAUGGUUCAGCGUGUUGGAAAGAAAACAAAAUUCCGAUGGAGAUGACAAAACAUGCUACU